UCAUUGACCAACACUCUUACAGUCAUCAAACACACCCUCUCUCUCACAGCUAUCAAUAUUCUGAUGUACUUUCUCACUCACUAGCAAACAAGGAACACAAACUACACAGUUCCACACAGAAUACAGGAACUCACAGGUCUUUGAUAAUGGACAAAGAAUCCAGUCCACCUCCAUAUGCUGGUCCUCAGGCACAACAAGCAGGCAUGAACCACCCUGGACAGCCGGCAGUCUACCCACCUCAAGCAGAUCAGUCAGCUUUACUUUACCCUCCACCGCCAUCAUAUGGGUUUGGUGUUCCGCCCACCACAGUCCAGCCCACCGUUGUCCCUGUAGUUACGCAGAUGGUAAUGGUGACUUCUCUCACCGAUGUGCCGGGUCACAUUACCUGUCCGCAUUGCCUGCAAGAUGUUAUCACGGAAACUGAACACCUGAGUGGUUUACUCGCCUGGUUAAUCUGUGGAACUCUUGCUCUCUUUGUGUGCUGGCCAUGUUGUUGCAUUCCGUUCUGUGUGGAUGCAUGUAAGGAUGUGAAACAUAGCUGUCCAAACUGCAAGAAAGUAAUUCGCAUUUACAAACGUGUGUAGCUCCUGCACCAGAGAACAUGGAAGAAGACUUUAGGUGAUGCCAUGGAAACUGAAUGGAGUUUCCAAGACAUCCAACCUUAUUAUGAACAUGUGGUGGAUACGGUUCAAAGCGAUGCGAAGAAUGACAGAAUGUAUACUAAGUAAUGUAUACGAACUAAGUUGAUUAACUUCUUGUAACUUUUUCAUUGUUUAAAUAUUUUUCUUAUUCCAUCUUAAUAUGAAGAGAAAAGUAUAUGUAAGCCAUUCAUAGGUUAAGUUCCUCAAAAACUGAAAACACUGUGUCUCUGUGGCGCACAAAGAUUCCUCUGUUUGUUUUGACCGUCCCGUCCAUCCUGAUGCAACUACAUUGAUGCAACCAAUGGCGAGUUUGGAGCGGGACUAUGUUAGUUCGACCAAUGGGAGAAGAAGGGUGUGUUCAGAAAGCUAUUUGAAAUCAAUGUUAUUUUUCAUAAUUCUGCGCAGAAAUUAGCUUCAGCUUUAACUUUUAUUGAAAAGUACCUUUCAUUCAUUUUGGAGUUCAUGAGAUUAAAAAUGUAAAAUCAUGUAGAACAGAAGCAUAAUUUAAAUAACUGUACAACUUUUCAGAUGUGUAGAUGUGUGAAGUUAUUUAAUCAAUAUUUUUUUAUAAUCCAUAUGUGAAUAAAAUACAUUUUGUUUUA